AUUAGUUUUGAAUGGAGGCGUGGGCAGGAAAUCGUGAGAGAGAGGGACGGGAUAGCAGUAUUGAAAGCUCAUAUUGGACUCAGUAUGGCGUACCCCAGGGGAUGGAGCAAGCUUUACAGGACCCAGGCUGGGUUACACCAAGCAAAACAAAGAUAUUGGACCCCACAGAAAAGGACAGGCUCUGGAAUCCAAGUAACAAUCCACAUACAAAUCAGUGGUCAAAAUCUCCUGCCACCGGCAUGAAGAAUAGUUUAGAGAAACCUCAUAUGAUGGCAGCACCCCCGAAUGGAUUUUUCCCACGUCAUCCUUCACUGGUGAAUCCACAUUACAGUAAUGGCUUUCAACAGUAUCUCAUGGAACCGCCAGCAGCAACAAACUUCAACGGAAUAUUUUCCUCGGCUCUGCCAUCCCAGAGCUCCCCUCUCGGGUUCUCCGUGCCUCAGACGAGAACGACACAAUCAAACGUGACCUCAUUUAGCAGUUUUCCUUUUACAAAUCCCAAUAUGCCUUUUCCCUUCUCAUCUCUUCCAAAAAAUGACCCCUACAAUUUCUCCGAUGAAGUUUCACUGAAACGUAAAUUAGAAGAUAAUUAUGGACAAGUUCCGAAAAAGAAGAAGGUGAAAUGUAGUGGAGAAAAAUUGAAUGGACAUGUAGAUAAAAGUAAUUUAAUUAAAACCAAAAAUGUGAAAAAAGUUAUUGAGACUAAUGCUCUCUCUUUGAAUGAAAUCGAAGAUAGAGUGCAAAAUAUUUUGAAAUCAAUACAAAGAGAAUGUAGUUUUAAGGAACCAAAAAACGUGCAAUUGAAUAACAUACAUAUUCAUUCCACCCAAGAAAAGACCAAAGAGGAUACAAAUGGCUCAAAUUCUAUGGACAUAUCGAAAGCAAAGGAUGAAACCAAAUUAAAUAAUUUAUCGGAAAUACCUAUAAAAAGUGCUGAGGAAAUUCAUCUGGAAAAAUUAAUGGGUAAUUCCUUGGAAGUGGAGGGUCGUAAAACGCCACCAAACUGCUGUACGAAUUGUGAGAAAUUUGGAUUCCGAAACUCCCCUCAGUGUCUCCACAAACGUUCGGCAGCAGAAGUGGAUAUUUAUGACUUCGAGGACGACGAGGAUGUCUCAAACCUCUCCGAACCCAAAAAUCGCUCAAAAAUCGAGGCAGCAAAAGCCAAUAUAUUUAAAACUGAACAUCAGGAAAAACAAGUGGAUGAAAUUAAGGUCGAAUCAGAUAAUCACGAUUCGGAAAAGGAAAAUUUUUGUGAAAAUGAAAUAUGCUCCGAUUCAACCUUUACUACAAAAUUGCAAAAAUCUGAUCUCAAGGACGAAGGUAGUGCCAAACUUGAUCUACUCUCGGAACAUAUUAACAAGCUGAAAGGGACGGUGACAGAAGAUGAUGAACACUUGGAUAGACUCAGGAAAAACAUUAAAUCGGAGAUGCCGAUAUGUAGCUGCAGGGGCCCAGAUUAUAUCCCCACGGAGGACAAUGAGGGUCCGUUUUACACUCAUCUUGGAGCGGCUCGGAGUAUUCAAGCUGUGAGGGAACUCAUGGAAAAGAGAACUGGAGAGACAGGGAGAGGUAUCCGUAUAGAGAAGAUUCGCUACACUGGAAAAGAAGGCAAGAGUUCUCAAGGCUGCCCCAUAGCCAAAUGGAUCAUCCGUCGAUCUGGAGUAGAAGAGAAGUACCUGUGUGUAGUAAGACAGAGGCCCGGUCAUUUCUGUGAGACAGCGUGUAUUAUAACGGUGAUAGUGGCGUGGGAAGGGGUGCCCCAGAAUACCGCUGACGAUCUCUACCAGUAUCUCCGUACAUCACUUCCUACCAACGGCUUCGAAACGGAAAGACGAUGUGGCACAAAUGAGAGGAAAACCUGUGCUUGUCAGGGAAUAGAUCUGGUUAGACGUGGGGCUUCCUUCUCCUUUGGAUGUUCAUGGAGUAUGUAUUACAAUGGAUGCAAGUUUGCUCGAAGCAGGGAGGCCAGGAAAUUCAAGCUCAAAGAUACAACUAAGGAAGUUGAACUUGAAGGGAAGCUACAAGACUUAGCCACAAAGAUGGGUCCAUUGUACAAGAAGAUGGCCCCUGAUGCUUAUUCUAACCAGACAAGGUUUGAAGACACAGCUAAUUUCAAUUUUCUGGCAGCUGUUUUUUGUGCUCAUGCACACAAAGAUCUGCACAACAUGAACAAUGGAAGUACAGUGGUCGUGACUCUAACCAAACAUCGAGGACUUGGAAAGCCUGAAGAUGAGCAGCUCCAUACUCUGCCACUACAUGUAAUGGACAUGUCGGAUGAACACGGCAGCACUGAAGCUCAGUUUGAGAAGGCUAGGAAUGGUUCUCUGGAAGUGCUUCAGUACUAUCCCAUGGAAGCUAGGAUGCGAGCUGUGCCCUUAACUCCAAAGAAAAAGAAGGGAAAGAAAGGCGGCUCCAUGCCUGCCAAGAAAGGAAGACCAUUCAAAAAUCCAGAAAAUGCACAGAAAUCUUCCCCAUCUUCAGCUGAAAUAAAGCAGAAUAGUGUUCAGGAUGGAAACAGGGGUUUGCCUAGUAAAUUCACUUUCAAUGAGAACAAACAGUUCUUAACUUAUGAUGAUAUGAUGAAAUUAUCUGAAGAGCCAGGGUUUGCCAAUAUGUAUGAUUCUUUCUGGAAUUACUUCUACAAGUAUGGAACAUUCCCUCCCCCAAAUUUUCUACAUUCAAGUGAACUCAGAAACCAAAUGGCCAGUAAAACUCCAUCUGUGAUACCUACUAAUUUAUCAUCGGACUCCAUUAAUACUCAGGGUCAUCCCCAUGGUGCUGAGAAGUCAUAUCAAGGUCAAGGUCAACCUCCACCUCCGACCCUUGACCCCAACACCAGGCAGCAGCCAGAAACCCCUCUUGACUUGUCAUCCUCAGGGUCCACAUCACAACUCAAGGCAGCAAAUCAUGAAUCUGCAGCACAUGCACCAUCAAAUCAGUCACCUUUGGACAUCUUGUCAGAUGUCGUAUCUAUGAUGCCCUACUGCAACACAAGUCUACCUCAAAAUAAUUACAGCAAAGAUCAAACACUGAAUCAGCAACAUUCCAGCAACUGUGAACAAGUGCUCAACAAUGCGGAGGUUUCACCGGAGUCACUUCGGCAGUCAUUCGACGACAAGGUGAAAGAGGCAGAAAAUGCUGGGAGCCACAUGAGAAUUCUGGAUCCCACGGUCGUCAAAUGCGAAAUGGAAUAUAAUGAAAAUGCUUUCCGUGAUCCAGAAAUAGGAGGAGUGGCCAUUGCUUUGCAGCAUGGAGCAGUACUGUUUGAAGUGGCCAAGAGAGAAUUACAUGCCACCACUGGUUUACGAAAUCCAAAUCGGUAUGAACCUACAAGAAUCAGUCUGGUAUUCUAUCAGCACAAAAAUCUCAACUACAAGAACCAUGGCUGGUAUGAACAUGAGAAGAAGUGCGAGAUGUUGAAGCAGAAAAGACUGGAGAAGAUGCAUUUGGAAACGAAUAAUUUAGUACCAGAUAGUGUGAAAGAAGGGGAGAAGAAGAAAGGGAAGAAGGAGAAAAAAGUGGAUUUUUCCAAGACGUCAGCCGCUCAGUACAAGUACAUGCUGCAAGCACCUGCAGCUAGUACUGUCACUCUGACCACAGACUCUGUCAUCACUCGAUGGAUCGAUCCACAGCCAAUGGUGACCGGUCCGUAUCAGAGAUGGGUUUGAAUUUUUACAAUCUCUGCAGCGUUACAGUUGGAUGGAAAUUAUCAUUUAAAAAUGCAAAAAAAAAGAACAAAUUUUGAACAAAAAAGCCUUUGACAUAUCUUCUGGGAUGGAAUUUUACCUUCAUUUAUUGUUAAGAAAAAAUUAUAUUUGAUAGAAAGUAAUUUUCUCUAAAAGUGUUCAUUAACUGUUUUCUAAAAUGUAUUUUUUUUUAAGAACAUGCAUGUUUUUGAUCUUUUGUCUUAUCAGGUGACAAAAUGUAUAUGCUUUCACCCUUGAGAUCUAUUAUUGGGGAUGACAACAAUGUAUUUAUUUCUGAUACAAAUUUAUGUAGGGCAGCAGAUUCUGUAAUGUUGUGCAUGUAAGAAGUAAGAAUACAUGUGUUCUGAAUGCAGGUGAUUUUUAUUCUUGAUAUAUCAAACAUGCAAUACAUUUAACAACUUAGUAGAUUAUCAUCGAUUGUAUUAAAGAUCCCAGAUGUAUAGGGGCCCAGAGUAAGGUUAUCACUUAGAGAUAAUAUAUACUGAUGUUUCUGCUGAUAUACAGUAAUAUGCUGCAUGUUAUUAUUUUGUUAUUUAUUAAGGUGUUGCAAUGGAAGAUGUUCUGUAUUGACUUUUUAUCUCUCAAAGUUGUUCAGAUUAGUGCAUUUAAUUUCUUCAUUUUUGCUUGCUUUUUAAGUGUUAAAAUAUUAGAUAUUUAUAUUAUUUUAUUUAUUUUCAUCUGUUCAUGAAUGAAUCUUAAAAUAUGUGCAAAUUCGUUUAAAGAAAACAAACAUUGAUUUCUUCAAAUAUAAGAGAGAAGUGCACAUUUUUGGCAAUUUUUCAAUUUUAUCUUGUUUGUUAGAAGUAGAAUUUUUUGUUAAGUUUAUGAAUUGUUUUUUACAUUUUUUGCUCGAGUCUUAAGUCUGUGAUUUUAUUUUGGGCAACAGUUUGAAAGCCUUAUGAAUGAAAUGUUACCUAAAUAAUCAAUUUUUAAGAAAUAAUGAUGGAUUUUACAAUAAUUAUCUUAAAAAUAAUAUGUACAUAGAAUAUUUUGUAUAUAGUAUUCAUAUUAUUUUAUUAAUGAAUUCAGAAUUCCCAUGUUUAUUGAACAUUCUCAGGGAAAUGUAAACUUUUUUUUACAUCAGCCUACUUGCUGAAUAUGCCAGUUUAUAAUCACUUUAUAAAUUCUGUGAUUUCAGAAUGCUAAGCAAUAUGCUAUGAUAUUCUAAACAAAGUGCUAAGCUGCAUAUAGAUAUGAAUUAUGAUUAUUUUUUUAAUCUGCUUUUUUUUUCUUACUUCUUUUCUUAAGAUUUUGUCUCAAGUUUUCUGAGGGAAAAAAUUUAAAUUUCAACAAAUAAUCAAAUGACUUCUGUAUUUACCUCUAUAAUAAAAUUUCUUCUCCAUUUCACUGUAAAAAGAACUCAAAUGCUGAAAUCCAUUUGUGAUACACUUUCACAUUAACAUUCCCCAAUCAAAAUUUUAUUAUUUUAGAAAAUUUAUUCAAUAUACAAAAUGUAGGGCAAUGUAUUUAUGUUACUCAUGUAAAACAAUCGCUUUGUGGUCUGAAAGAAUGAAUAUGUAAGAUCAUUAUUUUUUUCUCAAUUGUAAAAGAAUUGGGUGUAUGGGGGUGAAAUAUUUGGUGAAGUAUCAGUUUUUUAUUCUCUAUCAAUAGUGCUUUAAUGACUUUCACAAUUUGUCUCAGGUUGAAUUGACUGCCAUGUUGGGUCAGAGUUUGAUGUAACAUUUGAAACAAAAUACAAUAUUUAAUUUAUGAAUUCUAGCUAACUUAAAGUGCCCUUUUUGUUUCUUUUUUAAGUACAAUUUUUCUUUUUUUAUAUAAAAAAAGCUUCUGUGUAACAUGUGAAUUGUAAAAGUAGUGAAUAGACAGACAUAGUGAUUUGUGUGGAACUUGAAUAUUGUGAACAUUGUGUUGUUAGUGUGCACAGAUAUCUAAACUUGUAAACAUUAAUUAUCGAGCAGCAGUUCAUCUCUAUUAUGGACAUGAUGUUCAAAUAUAUUAUACAGAGUAUGGUUCAAACCAUAGCGGAAAUAGCUGUUUCUUAUAGAUAUUUGUAUGUUAGUGUAGAUAAUAUAAUUUAAUGGAAGUAUAUAUUGAUAUAUAUAUGACUUAAUUAUUAACAGACUAUAGAUUUAAACAGAAUCAUGGUUCUGUUUUGUCCAAUAAAAGUCAUCAAAAUGAA